AUGUCUCCAAAACACGUGAAAUGGGCUUCGCUGCCCAUUUUCGCACAUCAAGUUCGGGCUCCUGCUUCUGACCGUGAAUCGCCCAAUCUUUUUUCCUUUGACUUCGACUGUCUCGGAGGGUCAGCGGACAUUGUCUAUUGUACCAUGCGGUUUCAUCUCGUGAAAACGCCGCGGACCAGCGCGGAGCACCGCGCCAACAACCUGCUGAAAUCAUUUCAUUUGUAUGCUUCUCCUCCGAAUCCUCAUCGCCCAUCGAUCGUCCAUCGGCUGCACGUCUACCACACUGGUACAUCUCUCCUUCGUUCUUUAGAGCAACCUUGCACACCCAGCCAUUACGAAAUCUUCUUCAUUUCUUAUUCAACAUACACGAUGGAUCCAGAAGCCAACGAAUCGACCCCGGUAGCAGAAACUAAGUCAGCCAAGACUGAGGUGGUUGACUGGAACGGCCCCGAUGACCCGGCCCAUCCACGAAACUGGACCAAGGGCAACAAGCAGAAGCAUGUUCUGAUAAUCAGUAUCUUCACCCUCUACUCCAACCUCGCCGCCGUCAUGUUUGCCCCAGGCGCCCCCCAACUGGUCAAAGAGUUCGGCAUCACGAACAGCACUGUUGCGGCCUUGACUGUGUCCAUCUACAUUCUUGGAUACGUUUUUGGGCCUCUGCUCCUAUCGUCCAUGUCCGAGCUGUACGGCCGUCUCAUCAUCUACCACAUCUCUAAUGUUUUCUACCUGGGUUUUACCAUCGGCUGCGCUCUCAGCAAAAACACUGGCACAUUUCUCGUAUUCCGAUUUAUCUGCGGCUGUGCUGCGUCUGCUCCGAUGGUUGUCGGUGGAGGGACCAUUGCGGAUCUCUACAUCGCGAGCGAGCGUGGAAAGGCCAUGGCCCUCUUCGCCCUCGGACCGCUUCUCGGGCCAGUCAUUGGUCCUGUCAUUGGUGGCUUCGUGACUCAACGUUUGGGGUGGCGCUGGACCUUUUGGAUAGUUUUGAUCCUGGCGAUCCAGGCUGGCAUCGUUACCCUUACGGCGUUUCUCCUAAUGAGGGAGACAUUCGAGCCUACUCUUCUAGAACGGAAAGCUGCAUCACUGCGAAAGUCGACUGGCAAUAUGGAACUUCGCGCAAGAACCACGGACAUGAAACGCACACCAACUCAGCUCCUCGGGCGGGCUGCUAUGCGACCCCUCAGGAUGCUUCUCCUUUCUCCUGUCGUCCUGCUUUUAUCCCUCUACACAGCCUUCCUGUUUGGCCUCAUUUACCUUCUUUUCACUACAUUUCCUGGAGUUUUCGAGUUGACUUACCACUUCGCUACCGAAAUUUCUGGUCUCGCUUUCCUGGGUCUCGGCAUUGGCAUGAUUAUCAGUAUUGUUCUGUUUGCCAUCCUGAGUGACAAACUCUUGCAUCAGCCACGUGAGGGAAAUCUGGAGCGACCAGAGCUUCGACUUAUUCUCAUGAUGUGGUCUACACCUGUCAUCCCGAUUGGUUUCUUCUGGUACGGAUGGAGUGCAGACCAGGUCACACAUUGGAUCGUCCCCAUCCUGGGUACCCUUGUGAUUGGGCUCGGCGCCUUUUUGACCCUCAUGCCCGCGCAAUUGUAUCUAGUAGAUGCAUUCGGAACCGAGGCCGCAGCGUCAGCACUGGCUGCCAAUACUGUGCUCCGCAGUUUGUUUGGUGCCUUGCUGCCCCUUGCAGGGCCUGCAAUGUACAAGAGUUUGGGCCUUGGCUGGGGCAACAGCGUGUUGGCCUUUAUCACCCUGGCAUUUUGCCCGAUUCCCUUCUUCUUUUACAAAUAUGGAGAGGCUCUCAGGACAAAGUUUCCCAUCAGUCUAUAG